AGGUAGAGAGAGGGUUUUGAAUGCAGAUCGGCGUUCCGUGGCGAUGCUGCAGUUGGAUUUCCCCGAGUUUUGCUCUCGAUUCUCGCAUUAUUAUUGGGCGAAAGCAGUCUCCGCGGAUAGAGGAGAGGGUCGAGAAUUCUUCAGGACAAGGUCAAGGGCAUCGCCACGAUAGAGCUAGAGUGAGAAACAGGGAGGAAAGGCGGGGGAGGAAGGUAGCUAUUUCCCCCCCUUUGUCUUCGUCUUCCAACGAAUUGGAGCAAGAUCCUGCGCUUUCUCGUCGAUCCAUCUCUUCGCAGGGUCUUGGUCGUUUCCCUCCAUCUUUCCCCUUCGACCCGGUCGGUUACUAGUGGAAUUGUUUGCUGGGUUUAUUCUAAGAAUACAAGAUGGGUGUGAUGUCAAGGAAGAUUUUGCCUGCAUGUGGUAGAAUGUGCUAUCUUUGCCCUGCACUGAGGGCACGAUCUAGACAACCAGUGAAGCGGUACAAGCAACUGCUAGCUGACAUUUUUCCUCAAUCUCAGGAUGAAGAACCAAAUGAUAGAAAAAUUGGGAAGUUGUGUGAAUAUGCUUCUAGAAACCCACUUCGCAUUCCAAAGAUAACAGAAUAUUUGGAGCAGAGAUGUUACAAGGAGUUGCGAAGCGAACACUUUGGCUAUGUUAAGAUUGUGAUGUGUAUCUACCGUAAAUUGGUGAUUAGUUGCAAGGAGCAUAUGCCUCUGUUUGCAAGUAGCUUACUGGACAUCAUACACACACUUUUUGAUCAAACAAGACAAGCUGAAGUGCAAACUAUAGGUUGCUAUACACUUUUUGACUUUAUUAAUAGCCAAGUUGAUGGCACACACCAGUUCAAUAUAGAAGGUCUGAUUCCUAAAUUGUGCAGUAUAGCUCAAGAAUUGGGUGAUGAUGAGAAAGCAUGCUGUUUACGUGCAGCAGGGUUGCAAGCUCUGUCUUCAUUGGUUUGGUUUAUGGGUGAGCAUUCUCACAUCUCCACGGAAUUCAACAGUAUUGUUUCUGCUGUCUUUGAGAACUAUGGAGAUACCAAAAAGAAAUCAGAGGAUGAUCAACAAAGUGAACAGAGCCGGUGGGUACAGGAAGUCCUUAAAACUGAGGGUCAUGUAUCUCCUUCUCCUUUUAUCAUUUCUAGGAUUCCUUCCUGGAAAAGUAUUGUAAAUGACAAAGGAGAACUUAAUUUGACUUUGGACGAGAAGAACAGUCCUUGCUUUUGGUCUAGGGUUUGCUUGCGUAACAUGGCAAAGCUAGCCAAAGAAGCAACUACUGUGCGGCGUGUUUUGGAGUCUUUAUUUUAUUAUUUUGAUAAUAAUGGUUCAUGGUCUGCACAAAAUGGUCUUGCUCGAUAUGUCUUAUGUGAUAUGCAGUUAUUGAUGGAAAAGGAUGGGCAAAAUGCAUCUCUUCUGAUAUCGAUAUUGGUCAAGCAUCUUGAGCACAAGACUAUUAUAAAACAACCAGAUAUUCAGUUGAAUAUAGUUGAAGUUACUGCUCGUCUUGCUGAGCAGUCUAAAGCACAAGCAUCUGCAGCAAUUAUUGGUCCAAUAAGUGAUCUUGUGAAACAUUUACGUAAAUCCAUGCAUUGUGGACUUGGUAAUAAACAUAUGGGGGAUGACAUCAUCAAGUGGAAUGACAAUUUCCGAAAUGCACUAGAUGAGUGCAUCGUUCAUUUAUCUAAAAAGAUUGAUGAUGCUGGGCCUGUUCUCGACAUGAUGGCUGUUAUGUUAGAAAAUUUAUCAUUGAAUUUGGCCAUUGCAAGGUCAACUAUUGUUGUAGUGUAUCGUACUGCACAGAUAAUUGCAUCUGUUCCAAAUUUAUCAUAUCGGAAUAAGGUGUUUCCUGAAACUUUGAUGCAUCAAUUGCUCUUAGUAAUGGUGCACCCUGAUCAUGAAACACGCGUAGGUGCUCAUCGUAUAUUCUCUGUUGUUCUUGUUCCAUCUUCUGUAUCUCCUCAACCUAGAUCAGUGACUCCAGAAUUACUUAAAGACAUUGAUCUUCAGAGAACACUCUCAAGAACUGUUUCUGUCUUUUCAUCAUCAGCUGCUUUGUUUGAGAAGCUUAGAUGGGAAAAGGUAUCUGUGACAGAAAAAGCAUACCAACAAAAUAUGAGCAGGGUUCCUAGUCAUAAUGGACAAGAAAACGGUAAAGACGUGAAGCUUUUUAAGCUGCAGUCAUCUCAAAGCCGUACUCGUAGCAUCAAAGGACCUCCAUUUUUAAGAGAAGAUAAUAUUCCAGUGGUCAAGUCAAAUAAGGACUCUAUUCUUUUAAGAUUGAGCAGUCGUCAAAUCACACUUCUUCUUUCAUCAUUUUGGGCCCAGGCUAUGUUUCCUGAAAACGCUCCAGAGAACUAUGAAGCAAUUGCUCAUUCUUAUAGUUUGACAUUGCUGUUUACUCGAGCAAAGUCAUCAAUCCACGAGUCACUUGCACGAAGUUUUCAGCUUGCUUUUGCUUUGAGAAACAUUUCACUUACAGAGGGGUUGCUUCCACCAUCACGUCGGCGGUCCCUUCUUACUCUCGCCACAGCUAUGUUCAUAUUUGCUUCAAAAGCAUUUAAUAUCGCUCCCCUAAUUUCAAUUGUGCAGUCAACCAUCAACAAGAAAACAGUUGAUCCAUUUCUCCAAUUGGUUGACAACUCCAAACUUCAAGCUGUGAAAACUACAGCUGACAAUUCUUUGGUAACUUACGGGUCACAAGAGGAUGAUAACAAAGCGUCGAUAUCUCUUCAGGCCAUAGAACUAACAGAAAGCCAGACUAAAGAAUCCAUAGUUUCUGUCAUCAUGAACAGCUUAAGUGAUUUAUCAGAGUCAGAGCAAUUCAAAAUAAGAAAUCAAUUGCUAAGUGAUUUCUUACCUGAUGAUAUUUGUCCGCUUGGACCUCAAUUCAUGAAAUCAUCUGGGCAGCUUUUGCCAUGUGAGUCUGUAAUUGAAAAGGAGGUCACUUCUGCCGUUUUGGUUCAUGAGGACUUUUCUGAAUCAUUUGACACUGGGCGAGAUCAUUCAGAGUUGCCUGAUGACAGAUCUAAUCUUCUUAGUGUCGAUCAGCUUCUAGAGACAGUCUUCGAUACAGCAUGGAAAGUUGGAAGAUUUUCAGUGUCAACAACCUCUGAUGUACCAUUUAAAGAGAUGGCUAAUCAUUGUGAGGCUCUUAUGAUGGGAAAACAGCAGAAAAUGUCCGUCUUUGCCAACACACAACAGAAACAUUAUAUUUUAGAUGUUGGCUCCCUGGAGGACCAAUAUGGAAUGCAAAAGUAUUCAUGCUCCGAGAUCGACCAAGUAGGAAAGGUGCAGAGUGGCAAUCCUUUCCUGGACGAAGACCUUGUAGACAUCCAGAGAAAACACAGCAACACAAGAAACAAUACCUUGGUACCCAUCGACUUCCUUUACCAGCCACAGUGCCUCAAGCUUCCGGCGUCAAGCCCAUUCGACAACUUCCUAAAGGCUGCAGGCUGCUAAGGGGUACACUGUAUAUGUGAAAGUCAAUUUUCUACAAGUGGAAAUUCUUUAGGAAUAGUUCCCCACGUUUACCCUGUGUAUACUGUAUAGUUCUACAGGAUUUUUUACAUAUUCAUUCUGCUGGAGGUGUAAAAAUUCCACUAUUUCAAUUUUUUUUAACCUAGUUCUUGUCGAGAACUGUAGAAAACAAAAGCUUUUCCACAUGUAACCUCAAAUUGUAUACAAAAAUGCAUAAGUGCCUGUAAUAACCAAUCAUUAUCUCAGGUUGAAAGGGAGAGUUUAGUGAAAUUUAACCUCUAAAUUGCAAACU